AUGGCAUCGUCCUCCGCCGCGGCGGCGUCGCUGCUGGGCCGGCAGCUCAAGGAGAUGCAGACGGGCAAGGACAUACCGGGGAUAUCGUGCGGUCUGGUCAACGACAAUAAUAUCUUUGAGUGGGAGGUGAUGCUCAUGAUCAGCGACGACUGCAAAUACUAUGGAGGAGGCAACUUCCGCGCGCGCCUCGUUUUCCCGCCAAACUAUCCGCUCAUGCCACCGUCUCUGACGUUCCAGACGCCGAUCCCGUUCCACCCCAACAUUUAUCCCGACGGGCGGCUGUGCAUCUCCAUCCUGCACCCGCCGGAGGAGGACCAGUACGGCUACGAGGCGGCUUCGGAACGGUGGAGCCCGGUGCAGAGCCCCGAGACGAUCCUGCUGAGCACCAUCAGCCUCUUCCACGGGCCCAACGACGAGUCGCCCGCCAACGUCGAGGCUGCGCGCAUGUUCCGCGAGGAGAGGGAGGGCAAGAAUAAGGACUUCCGGAGGCGGUGCCGGGCCUGUGUCCGAGAGAGUCUGGGGGAGGACUGA